AUGCCCAAAAAAGGAAAUUUAGAGCGACAUUUUAACACAAUGCAUAGUAAAUAUCAGACUGACUUUCCACCUAACAGCGAAAUAAGAAAGAGUAAAUUGCAAGCACUGAAAUCGCAAUUAAAAGUACAAGAAAACAUGUUUUCUGGGCCUAUUGAGCAAAGUAAAGCUGCAACUGAAGCUUCUUUCCAAGUCAGCUACAGAAUUGCACAAAAGUGCAAACCUUUUUCCGAUGGAGAAUACAUCAAAGAAAUCUUCGAAGAAGUGUCAGAUUCGCUGUUUGUGAAUUUCAAAAAUAAAAUCGAAAUUAAAAAAGCUUUUCAUGGAUUACAGCUGUCGCGAAAUACUGUGAUGCGCCGUAUAGAAAUAAUAAGUAAAAACUUAAACGAACAACUACAAAAAGAUAUCACCCGCUGCGUUGCUUUUUCGCUUCAAUUUGACGAGUCAACAGAUGUCACUGAUACUGCACAAUUACUUGUUUUUAUUCGGAUGGUCUUCAAAGAUUUUUCGACCAAAGAAGAACUGCUAGGUAUGAUUUCCUUAAAAGGAAAAUCUCGUGGCCUUGAUAUAUUCACAGAAUUCAAAGCAUAUAUUUGCCAGAUUGAGCUAUGCAUGUAUAAACUCGUAUCAAUGACAACUGAUGGAGCUCCUGCAAUGACAGGUAUUCAUAAUGGUUUUAUUGCUCUUUGUCGCAAAGACGAAGAUUUCCCAGACUUCAUUAGCUACCACUGCAUAAUUCAUCAACAAGUAUUGGCUAGUAAGAGAUUAAACACGAAACAUGUGAUGGAUAUUUCUUUUAAGAUUGUAAAUUCCAUAAAGGGAAAAUCCCUCCAAAGGCGGCUCUUUAAACAGCAAUUAGAUGAGAAGGAACCAGAAUUGGCAAUGCACACUGACGUGAGGUGGUUGAGUCGAGGCAAGUUUUUGCAAAGAUUUCGAGAUCUAUUGGACGAAAUAAUAAAAUUUCUUGAUGAAAGGGGUGAUGAUUAUCAGCAAUUGUGUGAUUUAGACUGGCAAUGUGAUUUAGCUUUUUUGGCAGAUUUUACUGGAAAAUUGAGUACAUUAAAUCUGAAUCUACAAGGCAAGAAUAAAACAUUAACAGAAAUGAUGAGUUCUAUUGCAGCGUUUCAAUGUCAAACAGCGUCUAUGAUAGUUGACAUAGAGAAGAAAAAAUUUGAACAAUUUGCUAACAUCAAGGAUCAUAUGGAAAAACAUCCUACCUACAAUUUCAUUUCUGAGAAAUAUACGACAGAAAUUAGGGCAGUGGUAGCAGACUUCGAAAUUCGCUUUGGUGAUUUCAGAAAAAUUGAGAACUUGAUUCAAUUUAUCAGUUAUCUGUUCAAUGAUUCCAUUGAUAAUAGUGAUAUCUAUGAAUUGGCUUCAAAAUUUGCAGAUACAUUUCAAAUGGAGCACAUGAUGUUACAAAACGAAAUUAUUACUCUGCGCUGCGACAUAUUUCUUAAAGCAAGGUCAUCCUCAGGUCAAGAUUUCUGGGCAUUGGUUUCCGAUGAAAAAUAUCCAAAUUUGAAGAAAUGUGUUGAACAACUUCAUUCGUGUUUUGGUUCAACAUAUUUAUGUGAGUCAGCAUUUUCCUACUUAAAGCAAACAAAAAGUAAACACCGUUCUCGCUUGACAGACGCUCAUACAUUGGAUUCUUUAAGGUUGGCAAUCUCCAACUACAAACCUGAUUAUGCUAAACUAGUGGAAGAUACUAAGUUCUUUAAGUACCCCCAUGUUUAUGUAGGUAUACAAAUUGUUAUGCUCAUAUAA